AUGAAACCAGUGGCUCAAGCACUUAACAUUUUACAGGGAGAAACAAACCACUCGAAUGCAUACAUGGGUUAUCUAGCACCAACGAUAACUAUACUGAGAGAUAAGCUUUCAAAGAAGUUGGAUGUUCCAAUUACGAAACCAUUGGUCCAAGAAUUAUUAAAUGGAAUUGAUAAGCGAUUUGAUUCAAUACUAAAUGACAAAAAGAUCAUUGCUGCUGUAAUUCUUCACCCCAAAUUUAAAGAAAGCUGGUCUACUGAUUGUGAUGUUAUUGAAAGAGGUAACAAAUACAAUACAACUUGAAUAUGAAGUGAAUUAGUAAGGAUUCCCAUUAUAGACAGCAUGGAUUUAUUUAAACUUGUGGGAUUUGUUUAUAAAUUUUAGGCAUUUCCUUCAUAAAUGAGAAAUUAGAGGGUUUGGUAGAACCAGUAGUUGAUGAACCUGGACAGUCCUCUUCAGAGGAUCAAGAUGAGACAAAUUUCUUCCAAGUUAAGAACAGGAGAUCAAGUGAUUGUACUUUAAAGUCAUUUCUUGAGAGUCCUGUUGAAAAACUUUGUGAUUAUGCAAGAUGGCCCUUGCUUCGCAAACUCUUUAUUGAGCUCAACACACCAUUGCCAGCCAGUGCUGCUUGUGAAAGACUUUUUAGUGCUGGUGGAUUGAUCUUCAGGCCACAUCGCUCAAGCAUGACGGAUACAAAUUUUGAAAAUUGCAUCCUGGUGAAAAUUGCAUCCAUCUUUGAAGAUGUGAUAGAUACAAAUUUUAUAUGUAAAAGAUAA